AUGGCAGCAGCGGCUGCAAGCAGAACUUCCAUAACUAACACAACGUUCUACCUACAAAUUUUGGAGAAUUCUAUUAAAUUAAGGUCACUAACGAAUGCCAAGACAAUUCAUCAGCAUUUCAUCAAGAACAAUCUCAAAUACAGCUCCGUUGUACUGGACAAACUCACCCGUGUCUACAUUUCGUUUCACCAGCUCGAACUUGCCCACCGAGUGUUCGAUAAUAUUCCUUACCCAGAAAGAAAGAACAAUGUCUUGUUAUGGAACCAGUUGAUCAGAGCUUACGCUUGGGAAGGACCCUUUGAUCAUGCCAUCACUUUAUAUGUUGAAAUGAUGCAAUCAGGGGCCACAGCCAAUAAGUACACUUACCCGUUUGUUUUGAAAGCGUGUUCUGCAAUAGGGGAUGUUGAAUUUGGUAAAUUGAUUCAUGAUCGUGUGAAGAGUGUGUUUCUUGGUGAUGAUGUUUACAUUUGCACUGCCUUGGUUGAUUUUUAUGUGAAAUGUGGGUUAUUAGGUGAAGCACGGAAGGUGUUUGAUAAAAUGCCUAAUAGAGACGUUGUGGCAUGGAAUGCUAUGAUUGCAGGAAGUUCUCUUCAUGGCAUGUAUCACGAAAUGAUCGAUUUAGUUCAAGAAAUGCAGAAGGUGGGAUUGAGGCCUAAUUCAUCGACCAUUGUGGCUAUUCUUCCGGCUAUUGGGGAAGCUAAUGAAUUGAUGCAAGGAAAAGCAGUUCAUGGGUUUUGUUUAAGGAGGAGAUUUGACGGUGAUGUGGUUGUGGGAACUGGGUUAUUGGACAUGUAUGCCAAAUGUGAGUGCCUGGAAAACGCGAGGAGAGUUUUCGAUACAAUUAAUGUAAAAAAUGAUGUAACUUGGAGUGCGAUGAUAGCAGCAUGUGUCGCUUGUGAUUCAACCAUGGAGGCAUUGGAACUGUUUGACCAAUUAAUGGUAAAAAAUGGUGCAAACAUGUCUCCAGUUAUAGUUGCAACUGUUCUUCGCGCCUGUGCUAAUCUUACUGAUAUUAACAGAGGGAGGUGGAUACAUGGUUAUUCUAUCAAAUUGGGGUUUGUUUCUUAUAUAAUGGUCGGUAACACACUUCUUUCUCUUUAUGCCAAAUGUGGGAUCAUAGAUGAUGCAAUUAGGUUUUUCAACCAAAUGGAUUUAGAAGACACUGUAUCCUUCAAUUCCAUCAUUUCUGGUUGUGUGCAGAAUGGUCAUGCAAGGGUCGCAUUUAAUUUGUUUCACGAUAUGAGAUCAUUUGGUAUCAACCCUGAUAUGGAAACCAUGAUGGGAUUCUUUGCUGCAUGUUCACAUUUGGCAGCUCUACAACAUGGAGCCUGCGGCCAUAGCUAUUCAGUAGUACAAGGAUUUACAGAAUCGACCAAAGUUUGUAAUGCUAUUAUUGAUAUGUAUUCAAAGUGUGGAAAGAUAGAAAUGGGAAGGCUAGUUUUUGAUCAAAUGCAUAAAAGGGAUUCUGUUUCAUGGAAUGCUAUGAUUUUCGGUUAUGGCAUACAUGGUUUAGGGUUGGUAGCAGUUUCAUUAUUUGAACAUAUGCAAACUGUUGGUUUUAAUCCGGAUGAUGUCACUUUUGUCUGUCUUUUAUCCGCUUGCAGCCAUUCAAGACUUGUUGCAGAUGGGAAACAUUGGUAUGCUGCCAUGACUCACAAAUUUCAGAUAAAUCCCAGGUUAGAACACUACUUGUGUAUGGUCGAUCUUUUAGGUCGUGCUGGACUUUUGAGUGAAGCUUAUGAGUUCAUUCUUAGGAUGCCGUUUAAGCCUGAUGUUCGUAUUUGGAGUGCAUUGCUUGGUGCUUGUCGAAUUCAUAAAAAUGUUAAGUUAGGCGAAGAGAUUUCAAGCAAAAUUCAGAUUCUUGGUCCCGAAAGUACUGGAAACUUUGUUCUUUUAUCUAAUAUUUAUAGUACAGCAAAAAGAUGGGAUGAUGCAGCACGAACCCGAGUCUUGCAAAGGGACAAAGGUUUCAAGAAAAGCCCAGGGUGCAGUUGGGUUGAAAUAAAUGGCAUCGUUCACACAUUUGUUGGCGGAGAUAGGUCACACCCCCAAUGGCCGUUAAUAAACACAAGGUUAGACAAAUUGCUAACGGCUAUGAAAAAUUUGGGAUAUGAUGGAGAUUACAAUUUUGUCCUUCAGGAUGUUGAAGAGGAGGAGAAGGAACAUAUUCUUCUUUAUCACAGUGAGAAGUUAGCUGUUGCUUUGGGCGAUCUUAGUUUGAGCCCAGAGAAGCCAAUUCUCGUGACCAAAAACUUACGAGUAUGUGUUGAUUGUCAUACGGCCUUAAAGUAUAUGAGUACAAUAACAAAGAGAAUGAUAACCGUUAGGGACACAAUCCGUUUUCACCAUUUCAAGAACGGAACUUGUAACUGUGGAGAUUUCUGGUAG